AUGCUCGUUCUCGAAGAACAGCGCUACAUCCAUGAGGAUCUAGAGCGUCUUGAACAAGGUAUUGCUGAUCGCAUUCGCGACGAGCCUAGACAUAUCCGUGAUCGCCUCAACAGGGACCAUGAGAUUUCUCAACUACUAGAUCAGAUCCAAAUUCAGUCAAGCAAUCUUCUCGAUAUCUACAAAGACGAAAACGGUGUCCGGGCACAAGAGAUUCAACAAAUCGGUACCGGAGACCCAUUCGAGCAGUUCUACAAGCAGCUCAAAGAAGUCCGUGAUCACCACGAAAGAUACCCCGGCGAGCAGGCAGAGAACUCGGAGCAGCGAUACAAGAUCAGGAGACCAGAUGGGGAGCCGCUACCAUCCAUCGUGGACUCCUUGUUCUCCGGAGAAGAGGCCUAUGGACGAUUCUUCGAUCUAAACACUUCUCACGAGUCAUACCUGAACCUGCCUAAUGUCAGACGACUCACAUAUCUCCAAUACCUCGAGACUUUCGACAACUUCGCCCCUGGACAUGGCGGCGUCACGCGACCCCACAAGUUGACAGAUCAGUACUUCAAGUACGUCGGUCAGCUAGCAGACUAUCUCGAGAGCUUCAUGCGACGAACACGACCACUGGAAAAUGUGGACAAGGUUCUUACGUCCUUCGACGACGAGUUCGAGACGGCGUGGGAGAAGGGCGAGAUUCAGGGUUGGGAGAAAGAUGCGGCAUCAACAAAUGCCACCGCGCAGACCAGCACACCAGAUGCAGUGUGGUGUGAGGAUUGCCAAAAGGAGUUCAAGAAUGAGAACGUCUACAAGAACCAUCUCACAGGGCGAAAACAUGUCAAGGCGGCAGAGCAGAGGAAACAACGCCAGGAGGAGGACUCGGCCCCCGGUGAUGGCACCUUGAAUGGGAACGUUUCAGCGAUACGACUAAAAGAGCGCGCGGUAGCAGACCGAGAAUACAGGGUCAAGCGACUGGCUAGCGCAAUGAGUACCGAGCGCAGCGAUACCAAGGUCAACGUGGAGCGCAAGCAGGGUAUGACCGAGCGAGAGCGCGCGCAAGAGUUGGAGAACCUCUUCAACGCCGACGAUACACCUCAAGAGAUGCAAGAGGACGGCGAAGGCGAGGACGAAGAUGGCGAGGAGCGAAUCUACAACCCUCUCAAACUUCCUCUUGCCUGGGACGGCAAGCCUAUUCCCUUUUGGCUGUACCGUCUUCACGGCCUGGGUGUAGAGUUUCCCUGCGAGAUCUGCGGAAACUUUGUGUACAUGGGCCGACGCGCAUUCGACAAGCACUUCAACGAAGCGCGACACAUCUACGGUCUCAAGUGUCUGGGCAUUACCAACACAACGCUGUUCAGAGAUAUCAUUGGUAUCGAAGAGGCCCUUCAGCUGUGGGAUAAGAUUCAGAAGGAGAAGAAGAGAACCCGCGUUGACGAGGGAAGUGUAGUACAGAUGGAGGAUGGAGAGGGCAAUGUCAUGCCUGAAAAGGUGUACUAUGAUUUGCAGAAGCAGGGUUUGUUGUAG